AUGUUAAUGUUGUCUUAUACAGAGACAACACAGGUGGAUUACCUGUUAUUCGAGGCAGCAACCCUCCUGCGGGUGGGGGUGAUUCGAGAAUGGCGUGACUUGAGCAAGGAAGACAGCUUGCAGCUCAGACAGUACAUUGUUCAUUAUGUUGUCAGCAGACGUACUAUUCCCCAUUAUGUCAGAGAGACGCUAGUACAGGUUGUUGGUAUAAUGGUGAAGCGAGGUAGUGUCGAGGACCAAGGAGAAGAUAGGGGAAGGCUGCUGACAGAAGUGGAGCAGCUUAUAUCAUCUGGUGAUAAUACAAUGCGCAUGAUUGGGUGUAGCAUCAUUAGUGCUCUCAUGCAAGAAUAUGCGGUAACUGUAAAGUCGACGGAUGUGGGACUUACCUGGGAAACGCACUUCAAGGCUAAAAAACAGUUUGAGGGAACGGACUUGCGACGUAUAUUCCACUUUAUUGUUAAUCUCCUUGGUGAGGUGGUGAAGGUUGAAGGCAAAAUGAAUGAGGAAUUGUCUUCUCUUCUGCUAAAAUUACUCGGCAUAGCUGAGACAACACUCACAUGGUCAUUUAUAUCUCUACACUUGCCCAAGAGGUUGAUGAGUGUGUUCGAACAAGAUCAGAAUCCAUCUCUUCGACCAGGUCAGCAGUGGAGAGAAACCUUUCUUGACCCUCUUAUUGUACAAUUAUUUUUCAAGGCCAAUAUUGAUACCCUUAAAGCUAUCUGA